UCGAUGAUUUUCAGUUUAAAUAUUUGUACAACAAUAACGUCAAACGACCGCCUAAAUUAACACGGACACAGUACUUAUUAUUAAAUGCAGUUAGUAUUUAGCACUUAGUCAAGGCUUGUAUGAUUCUUCGGGUUGAAAGUUGGUUGUUAAGUUAUAUUAGAAUUGGAUAUUUAUACAUAUCUUUUCUGUUAUUUCACCUUUGUUAGUCAAGAGGAUUGACAUUGUUUGGUUUAAUUUUAACGUGUAAACGGUGUAUAGCUUAGUCGGAUUUUCCGCAACGAAAUUCGGGAAUCAAAGCUUGUUGGUUUCUAUACCCCGAAGCAGACGAGCCACCACUUGAACAACCAGAGAUUAAAAUGCCUAGAAAUUUUCUAUACUUUGAUUGACAGGACGAAACUACCACGUGUACAAAAAAGAAACCAAAAUGCCGCGAAAUUUCAAGACUGUGUUCUUAUACAUUUUGUUUCUAAAGAACGUGUUUUGUGAAGUUGAGCAGUCCAUGUUUUACAGACAGACAUGUCACCAAACAAUUGUUAAUAGAGACAUACAGUCGUACACAGUCAGGAGUAUUGGUGAGUGUGCUUAUCUUUGCAUGAUGGUUGAUACGUGUGCUGUCAUCACAUACAAUAUCACCAACAUUAACCAGGGACAAGGUCAAUGUAAUUUGAAAGAGGACGCAACAAACGCGUUCCCCUACCAAUAUGUAAGCACUACAGGCAUGUGUGUUAUGAAACGUGAUGAUAUACAGCAUGUACAGGGCGUACUAACACCUGAAGUAACAAGCACCUCAUCGAACAUUCUAGAUACAUCGGAGGCGGAGACAACUUUAAACCCGGUAACAGUAAUCCCGUAUUCCAAUACUUCUAUUAUUGGUACAGUAGAAGUCAUACAGAAUCUAUGUGAUACAUACACCUCUAAUGACAUUAUUGUACUGACACGUGGUGGCAUCUACGUCUAUGACGAGUACGAUGAUUUGUGGACCAGUUCGGGGACAUGCAUGCCAGUGCAAGCAUUCGAGGACAUAUUUAAUGCCUACCCCAAUCUACCGGAUAUAACAGAGAUUGAAGCCAUACAUUCUACUAAUACAGAUAGAGUGGAAUUAUAUGCCAAUAAUUAUGUGUGGUCAUUUCUUUUCGCUGCUGGUUCACUCCAGUAUACAGACCCUGGAUAUCCAAUGACGUAUACACAACACUUAAAACAGAAGACAAAUAGACCAUCGCUUAAUUAUUCUAUAACCCAUCCUUUGUGGGCAAUACAGCGUGGGGUUUACGGAAACCAGGAAAGGUAUUUCUAUGAAAACGGCAAGAUACAUUUGUAUUCGAUUUCUCAACCAUACUAUAUCCAAAUGACAGUAACGCAGAAAUACUACAAUGCCAACAAUAUCAAUUUGAAUCCUUGGAUUAAACUGCCACCAAAUGUAGCAGAUAUACUUCUGAUACCGGCGCAAUGGAACAAUUACAUAGUGUUGACGUCAGACGGGCAAUGUCAUGAAUACGUCAUCAAUUAUGUAGUAAAUUUAAAUGAUCCAGCAGUCAGCAUAAAUUUUUUAGGCAAUAUUGUAUUUUGAAUUUUCAUUUUGUGAUUCAAAUAUGAGUUAUGCAGUGAAAUAUGUGAACUCAAUCUUAAAUUGAAUGUUUCUUAAACAAAAAUUACCUUAUGCAUAGAAAGUAUUUGAUGUAUUUUUAUUUAUUGCAUUAUUGUGGAAUGCUCAAUUAUCCGUCUGGAUAUAUGAAUAGUUGAUCGUAUUUUUCUUCACAUGUGAUAUUUUUCGAAGGAAUGUUUAGCUAGCUAUAAAACCUGAUUCAAUCCAUCACUUUUUACAUAAGAAAAUGCCUGUACCAGGUCAGGAUUAUAACAGUUGUUAUCCAUUCGUUUGAUCGUGUUUGAGCUUUAGAUUUUGCCAUAUGAUUAUGGACUUUCCGUUUUGAAUUUUCCUCGGAGUUUAGUAUUUUUGGUAAUUUACCUUUUGCUUAUAUUAAAAUGAUUUUUUAAAA